AGGAUGGCAUGAAAUUCAUAAUAGGAGCAAGAUAAACGAGAUAAACUUCAGCUGCAAGAAAGACUCAGCUAAGUAAAUGAAAACUGAUCCUGGAGUCUGAGGGAAUGAAUGUAAUGAAUCACUCUGUAGUAUCAGAAUUUGUGUUCGUGGGAAUCACCAACUCAUGGGAGAUUCAGCUUCUACUUUUUGUUUUCUCUUUGUUGUUCUACUUUGCAAGCAUGAUGGGAAACCUUGUCAUUGUGUUCACCGUAACCAUGGAUGCUCAUCUGCACUCCCCCAUGUAUUUCCUCCUGGCUAACCUCUCAGUCACUGAUAUGGCAUUUUGCUCAAUUACAGCCCCUAAGAUGAUUUGCGAUAUUUUCAAGAAACACAAAGCCAUCUCCUUUUGUGGAUGUAUUACUCAGAUCUUCUUUAGCCAUGCUGUUGCGGGCACUGAGAUGGUGCUGCUCAUAGCCAUGGCCUUUGACAGAUACAUGGCCAUAUGUAAACCUCUUCACUACCUAACUGUCAUGAGCCCAAGAACAUGUCUAAACUUUUUAGCCACUUCCUUGAUCAUUGGCCUUAUUCACUCAUUGGUCCAGUUAGUUUUUGUGGUAGAUUUACCUUUCUGUGGCCCUAAUAUCUUCGACAGUUUUUACUGUGACCUCCCUCAGCUCCUCAGACUUGCCUGCACAAACACCCAAGAACUGGAGUUCAUGGUCACUGUCAAUAGUGGACUGAUUUCUGUGGGCUCCUUUGUCUUGCUGGUAAUUUCCUAUAUCUUCAUCCUGCUCACUGUUUGGAAACAUUCUUCUGGUGGUUUAUCCAAGGCCAUCUCCACCCUGUCAGCUCACGUUACUGUGGUCAUCUUGUUCUUUGGACCACUGAUGUUUUUCUACACAUGGCCUUCUCCCACAUCACCGCUGGAUAAAUAUCUUGCUAUUUUUGAUGCAUUUAUUACUCCUUUUCUGAAUCCAGUCAUCUACACAUUCAGGAACAAGGACAUGAAGGUGGCAAUGAGGAGACUCUGCAGUCGUCUCGUGCAUUUUACAAAGACUUUGUAAAUGGGUUGGCUAUGGCGAUGUGUAACUAAGGAUUAUUUCUCAUGCCAGUUGCAUAAAAGAUACUAUGCAAUUUCAGACAAAUACUGAAGACAACUCCGGCCAUACUGUAUGCCUGAAAAUGUAUUAAAUUACGGUAACAAUUUCACCACUAAAUUAGAAGUGGUGUUAUUUGGCACAGUGUGCAUCAAAGUGCUAAAUAUUAAAUCUUACAUCUUUUGUAGCCUACUACUUUGAAAGACCUUGUUCUAGAAGUGUGCCAUGUAAUUGAACAAAUAACAAUACUACAUCUUUUUUCUAUUAUUCUAUUGAUAGACAAACUACACAUUCAGUUAAUCUGUUUACUGUCUCUCUUCCCCAUCUCUCUCUCUCUCUCUCUUUUUUUUUUUUUUUUUUUUUUUUUUUUUUUUUUUUUUUUUGAGACAGAGUCUCACUGUGUUGCCCAGGCUAGAGGGCAAUGGCACAAUUUCAGUUCACUGCAAUCUCUGCUCUCUGGUUCAAGGAUUCAAGCAAUUCUCCUGCCUCAGCUUCCUGAGGGCUGGGAUUACAGGUGCCCAUCACAAUGACUGGCUAAUUUUUAUAUUUUUAGUAGAGAUAGUUUCACCAUGUUGGCCAGGCUGGUCUUGAACUCCUGACCUCAAGUGAUCCACCUGCCUCAGCCACCAAAAAUGCUGGUAUUACAGGAAUAAGCCACUGCACCUGGCCUGUUUAGUACCUAACGCUCUCUAUUUUAAUUAUUUUUGUUCCUAAAGUGUUUACUUUCUAUUGCUCCAGUCUCUAUAUAUUUUGCCUCCUUAUCAGGCUUCUCUGUCUGGCCAUCUGGAAAAUUGUUAGUCCUAUAUUUACAAUAUUCAAAUUUAAAGUUAGAGUGGAUUACUAACACUGUUUGUUCUAAUCCCCUGAAAUUACAAAUCCUAAAAUCUAAGAGUUGACCAGUGACUAGUUUGCCCAAAGGCACACAGCUGGAAAUCAUCAAAGAGAGCCAGGCACUAGAAACCAUAACUCUGGUUGCUAGUUCAGUGCUCUUUCACCUUCAGAUUAAUUGUGUUUUUGAUUUGAUGCUCAUAUUCCAAUCUUCCAGCUUUUUC